UUGUGUUUUCCUUACUUUCGGUAUCGUUUUCCUGCUGUUUGGAAACUUUGGAGCUGCAGGGCGGGAGAUGGCUGCUUCAUUCAAACCAGUCUCCAGCUGAUGCUUUAUUUUAACCCCUGCUAUGAUCACAUAACAUAACACUAUACAAUGUCCGUGGUGGCGCAGAGCACGCGGGGAUGGGUUUUAGACGCACGCUCUCUCAUCGAUGAGGGAUAUUCAGCAUGCACGCGACGGAAAGGAGAGACUAACAUAAAUCUCACGUGCUGUUUCAAAAAGCGAUGUUUCCAGAUGUCAAAGAGUUAUUAUAGAGAGACUGUGAGUGCUGCUGCAGAGGGAGGAGACACAGAGCUGCUGCAGAAAGAUGACAAACCUACAAAAAAAAGGAAACGAAAACGCAGCGAGCUCAACCAGGGAGAAAUCGACUCACAGGCCUUUCAUGAGAAGAUCAGGUCUGUCGUUCUGGAGGGAACAAAGUGCUUGGUGGAUUCUGCCAGAUCCCUCGGAUAUCUGAAGGGAGGGACAGCAACACUCACAGAGGAGAAGAAGAAGAAAGAGGAAGAGGAGAAGAAGAAAGAGGAGGAGAAGGAGAAGAAAGGG